CAAUGCAUCCUCUCUUCUCCUCCCCAUCUAUGGCUUCUCCUCCCCUUCGUCUCCUUUCAUAUCUAACUUCUCUUCUCAUCUUCUCAUUCCUUCUCACUGCCACCACCUCCUCCUCUUCCAAUACCUCCUCCAGCUUCUCUCUAAACCCCAACAACCUCCACUCCAUUUGCCAGUCCACUCCAUACCCCAUCUCCUGUUUAGAAUCCCAGAAGCUCUCCAUUUCCAUCUCCAUCAACCCCUCCAUCCUCACCUUCGCCCUCCACUCCCUCCAGUCCGCCAUCUCCGCCGCCACUAAGCUCUCCUCCCUCCUCUCCUCCACCACUCCCGGCCCCAACCUCGUCGAGUCCCAGAAAGGCUCCCUCCAGGACUGCCGCGACCUCCACCAGAUCACCCUCUCCUCCCUCAAGAAGUCUGCUACCGCCCUCACCGCCAGUGGCGGCAACCUCGCCGACGUACGGGCGUACCUCAGCGCCGCCCUCACCAACAAGGCCACCUGCCUUGAGGGCCUCGCUGGCGCGCGGGGCUCGCUCAAGCCCUCCCUAGUCGCAUCCUGGGCUGCCUCCUACGAGCACGUGAGCAACUCCCUCUCCCUGGUCGCCAGUUCGGGAUCCCCGAGACCCGGGGGAAACCGCCGGCGGCUGCUCUCCUCCGGCGGCGGGGGGUUCCCUGCGUGGGUCUCUCAGAGGGACCGGAGGCUACUGCAGAGCGGCGACGAUGACGACGAUGGCGGCGACGGGGACGACGGCGGGGAUGACUCUCCGGCGGUGGUGACGGUGGCGGCGGAUGGGACGGGGAACUUCACUACGAUCGGGGAGGCGAUCGCGUUCGCGCCGAACAACAGCGCAGACCGCACGAUCGUGAUGGUGCGGGCGGGCGUGUACGAGGAGAACGUGGAGAUCCCUAGUUACAAGCCCAACAUCGUGUUGAUAGGGGAAGGCAGCGACGUGACGGUGAUCAGAGGGAGCAGGAGCGUUGGGGACGAGUGGACCACCUUUCGUUCCGCCACGGUUGCUGUUUCUGGGCAAGGCUUCUUGGCUCGUGACAUCGCCUUCCAAAAUAUCGCUGGGCCAGCAAAGGGGCAAGCCGUGGCCCUCCGAAUAAACGCAGACCAGGCUGCCAUCUAUCAUUGCAUCAUCGAUGGCUACCAGGAUGCGCUAUACGUCCACUCCUUCCGGCAGUUCUAUCGGGAAUGUGAUAUCUACGGCACCAUCGAUUUCAUAUUUGGUAAUGCCGCAGUAAUCUUCCAGGGAUGCAACAUCGUGGCUAAGAAGCCUUUGCCUUGGCAAUCCAAUGUUAUCACGGCCCAAUCCAGAGAUGAUCCUAACGAGGACACUGGCAUCUCUAUCCAGAAUUGCUCAAUCCUGGCAUCUGAUGAGCUCACAUCUAGCAAUGUUAGCACCAAGACCUACUUGGGGAGGCCUUGGAGGCUCCAUUCCAGGGCAGUGUACAUCGAGUCGUACCUUGACGGGCUUGUGGAUCCAGCAGGGUGGACGGAGUGGUCGGGAGAUCACCAGGGGCUGGAUACCUUGUACUACGGGGAGUAUAUGAAUAGUGGGCCAGGAUCUGGGACCGAAGGUCGGGUCACAUGGCCAGGAUACCAUGUGAUGGAUUACGAUGACGCCUCUAACUUCACAGUGUCGGAGUUCAUCUACGGUGACGAGUGGUUGGAUUCAACCUCAUUUCCAUAUGACGAUGGGAUUUGAUUAUUUGCCUCAUUCUUGUUCCUUUAAGAUGUAGAUAGCAUUGUUCUUUUUUGUGCGUUGAAUGUAUGGGGACAUGCAUACGUCUGUGUGCUCAAAUUUACGUGCUUGUGAGCAAGUGUGCAUGUAUCGAGUGUGCGUGCUUGAAACUCGCACUUUCUAGACUGCAGUCGCCUCCACCGAGCACCCACAGGGCUAUGUGGGAUGGAGCUUAUACGAGUACAUGAUAGCAUAAUUUAUUCUAAAUGGGUCCGGUACAGUUUCUUUU